AACGAGUCGUUGGAGGACGCCUCUGGACUGCCAUUUCGUUCGUGCUUGUGAUGCUGCAGCAGCUUGCCCGAGACCCAGCGACACAGCGUUGCAGCGUGAGCAUUUGUAUCUGACGAGAGGACGAUUUCGAUUCUGCCUAGUCCGAAGAGCCAGUCGUCAACAGGUUUAAAAAAAUGGCCAGCGACCAAGCAAUUUUGGACAAGCAGAGAUACUUCCAGAGUGUGCAUAAGUUGACCCACUUGAAAGGGCCAAGGGACAAGAUUACAUCUGUGGUCAUUCCAUGGGUCCUGUUUGGAUCAGCUGCUUUCAUGAUGGGAACUGGUCUUUCCAAACUGUACACCGGGACAGGAAAGAAGGAGGGGGCCUAGGAAGUUGUCACUUCGAAGACCAUUUUUUGAUUUCCCUCAAUUUCGUUUGUAAAGAAAGGAGAGGGACAGACUAGACACCAGGUCCACACAGUUAAAAAACUGGUCUGUGUCUUUAAUCCCAUAGCAAAGUUUCUUUAACUUGAGAAGCAUGAAGGAGUAAUCUAUUUUCGUGCCGUUCAUGUUAUUUACGGGGAUGUUCUCUUACGUGUAUGAUCAGCUCUUUUAAAAUAUAUAUUACCUGAUUCAUUUCUUUGUUACCUACACAAGAAGAAGCCCGUGGUAUUUAUGAUUGUGAAGAAGGUAAAAAGUACUGUCUUCCACUUCUCUGUUCUUAUCGUGAGAUUUCAGCUUCAGUCUCUUGGGUUCUAUAGAUUUGCACAAGACCAAAGCCAAAACCACAUGUGCAUACGUCCUGCAGGUGCGCGGUAUCUGGAAUAUGUCCACAGGACAAGGAAAACUGUCCGGGAAAUAAUCGAGAAAAUCUGUGCGCAUAGAGGUUUACAACACUGAACAUUCGUUUCAAGUUCCAGUGAAGCUGUAAGCGGAUGAAGAAAUAAAGUGGCGAUUUUGUGUUACAGCAGUCAGCUCAAUAGAUCUCAUGAUGACAUUUGCUAUAGUACUUCAUGCAGGAAGAAGCUUGCAGUCAGUUCGUUCGAAGCGCAGGAAUAGUCAAUUAUUACUGCUUUUUUGGAGUUAUGUUGGUGCACGAGAUUGUCAUCCUGAGUCGAGAUUCAUCUAACCAUCUUACGAAAUAAGAGCUAGAUCUCUGUAACCCCAUAUCCAUAAAAUCGUGAUACCAUCAGUUUUGGUGGCGAAAGGUGGAGGAAGUUAGAUAACGAUCCGGGGACUGAAGGGAACGGAAGUAAGUUCACAGCACAUAACCAUAUGAAUGACGGGCAACUUCAUUUCAUGUAGAAGGAAGGACCGUAAUAGAAUGCAAGCUGACUCUUUUACGCGAUAUCUUGUACCACGCCCUAAGGAGAUAUUUCACAGUGAGCCACACUGUGACAUCGCACUUGUACACACUUCUACAGACAGUAUGUACCAACCACCAUAUGUCUAAACAGUUUAUAACAACUACUGCUUUUUUUU